AUGAUAGAAGAAAGUAUUACUUCAUCAAAAGUUUUUGAUACUAAUAAAAGUAAUGGAAUUAAUGAUAUGAUUUAUGAACCACAUAAUAUUACUAUUGUUAGAUGUGAAACAGGUUUUGGUUUUAAUGUUAAAGGACAAAUAAGUGAAGGUGGACAAUUGAGAAGUAUUAAUGGACAAUUAUAUGCACCACUUCAACAUGUAAGUGCUAUACUUCAUGGUGGAGCAGCUGAAAGAGCUGGAUUGAAAAUGGGUGAUAAUAUUCUUGAAGUUAAUGGUAACAAUGUUGAAGGAGCUACUCAUAGACAAGUUGUUGAAUUAAUUAAAAAUGGUGGUGAUAAAUUAAAAUUACUUGUUAUAAGUGUUCCAGAAUAUGAAUAUCACGAGAUUGACUUUGAUUACGAUAGUAGUGAUUAUUAUUCAAGAUAUGAUUAUACAGAGAAACGAUCACUUCCAAUAACAAUACCAAAUUAUCAAGUUAUAAAAGCAUCAUGUGAAACUUUUAUUGCAUAUAAUAUUUAUAUGGCUGGUCGGCAUUUAGUAUCUAGAAGAUAUAAUGACUUUAUAAGGCUUAACAAAUAUUUAAAAGAUGAAUUUAAUGAUUAUGACUUUCCAAAACUUCCAAAAAGAUGGCCAUUUAAAUUAAGUGAACAAAAAUUAGAUGCUCGAAGGAGAGGUUUAGAAAGUUAUCUAGAAAAAUUAUGUGCUGUUAAAGUUAUAGCUGAUAGUGAGAUUAUGCAAGAAUUUUUGAUGGAAGAAACAGAAGAAUAUUCAAGAUUUUUAGAUGUUACAUUAAAAAUUCAACUACCAGAUACAAAUGUUGUUUCAUUAAUGGUUAAAAAAAACCAACCAACAUGGCAAGUUAUGAAAGAGAUACUUGAAAGGAUGGAAGUUGAAGGAAAUAUUAUAGAUAAUGUUGGAAUAUUUGAAUUGAUAGAUGAUAAUUUUUAUAGACUUUUAGGAGAUGAAGAAUUACCACAUUAUAUAUUUAUUCAUAAUUAUUCAUCAAUAGCUGUUAGUUCUAUUUCAUUUAGAAAAUUUAUAUUUAAUAUUGAUGAAGAAAGAAAAUUAUGUAAAGAAAAUGAUUUAUUUAAACAAUUAUGUUACUAUCAAGUGAUUAAUGAUAUUGAUAAAGGUAUUUUAAAUGCUAAAGAUAGGACACUUCAAUUACGUUCCAUUCAAUCUGUUGAAAGAAUUGAUGAAUAUUUGGACAUUGCCCGACAAUUAGAUGACUAUAACAAAAUAUCAUUUCCUGAAACAGAAUCAAAUUUCAAAAGUAAAGUAAUACUAACAAUAUCAUAUGAUAGGAUAAAAAUUAAUUUUUCUGAACCAGAAAAAGUUUCACAAGUAAUUGAUUGGAGGCGUAUUCAAAGAUAUUAUAUUAGUAAUCAAAAUAGUACAUUUAAUAUUGAAUAUAAAAAUGAUAAAAAAAUUCAAAUACUUCAAUUGUUUACACAUUAUUGUUCAUCAAUGUUUUUAACUUUCGAAAAAGUUACACAGGAAAGAAGAAAGUUAGAAAAGAAAGUUAAUAAUAAAAUAGAAGAAUGUUGA